CUGCACACCUAGGCUUUUCGGGGCAAUAACGCGUUUGUUAAAAAUCAAAAAAGUUAUUUUUAUCUCCCUCCAAAUGUCUAGUAACCUUCGACAGAGGCGUGUUGAGGCAGAGAUUGCUUCAACAAAGCACUUGGACGUUGAUUUUGAUGAUUCUAAAAAGUAUGGAAACAACUUUUCGCCUGUUCAAAAUGAUCGCACUUUUCAUAAACUGGCAUUUUCACUGCUUUGCAUCAUUGCAACUUUUGUUACUUUUUACAAGAUUUGGAAUCCCGCAGAAGUUGUGUUUGAUGAAGUUCAUUUUGGAAAAUUUGCGGGUUACUACUUACAGCGAACCUAUUACUUUGAUGUCCAUCCACCGCUGGCUAAACUGAUGAUUGCUGCAGUAGGAUACUUGCUAGGAUUUGAUGGAAAAUACGACUUUGCAAAUAUUGGCGAUGAUUAUCAUGAUCACAAUGUACCUUAUAUCGGCCUUCGUUCCUUACCUGCUGCACUUAAUGUAUUUUCUACUGCAUUAAUCUAUUUGAUCAUGAAAGAGUCUGGUUAUUCAUUGAUCAUUUGCGUUCUUAGCACAGCAAUGUAUAUCUUUGAUAAUGCUAUGGUCACUCAGAACCGUUUGAUCUUAUUAGACAGUAUGCUAGUUUUCUAUAUGCUUGCGACUGUCUAUACCUAUGUGCGAUUCCGUAAACUUCGACAUAAAUCAUUCUCUGUCAAAUGGUGGUUUUGGCUUCUUCUCACUGGUAUUGCUAUGGCAAUGACUGUAAGUGUCAAGAUGGUCGGACUGUUCCUAGUUGCAUUGAUUGGACUCUCUGUGCUUUAUGACUUGUGGAACUUGCUUGAUAUCAACUAUGGAUUGACUAUGAAACAAUUCAUGAAACACUUUUACGCUCGAGCAUUUGCUCUAAUCAUUGUUCCUAUCGCUGUCUAUCUGUUCUGGUUCUAUAUUCACUUUGCUAUUCUUGACCAAUCCGGUCCAGGUGACUCCUUCAUGUCUACUCGAUUCCAAGAUACGCUCAAGUUUAGUCCAUUGAAAAUGGCUGCAUUAGAGGUUCACUAUGGAGAUGUAAUCACACUGAAACACAAGGAUACGAACGCCUUUUUACAUUCUCAUGACCUUCACUACCCCUUAAGAUACGAAGAUGGUCGUGUUAGUAGUACAGGCCAACAAGUUACAGGUGUACUCGAGUCUAAUGAGAACUGCUUUUGGCGCGUUAAGCCCACAUUUCCUAUUGAAGAUAACGGUGAGCCUGUUCCUGUCAAGAAUGGCGAUGUCAUUCAACUGGAGCAUGUCGUCACUGGCACAAACUUACUCACGCACGAUGUCGCUUCACCUUGGAUGCCAACCAAUGAAGAAAUAACUACUGUCCCUUUGGACAGUCGCUACGAAGAAACUCUUUUCAAGAUUAUUUUUGAAGAUGAUGACAUGGACAUACUUGAGACACACAUGACUCCCUUUAGAUUGAUUCAUGAAGAUACCAAAGUGGCAGUCUGGGUUCAUAACAAGAAAUUGCCCGAAUGGGGCUUAGGACAUCUUGAAGUGAACGGUAACAAAAAUGCGGUUGACAAUACCAAUUACUGGAUGGCUCAAGAAAUCAAGGGUAAAAAUGCUACCGAGAUUAACUCACGAAGGAACCAAAAACAAUUGAGACACAUGCCCUUCAUUAAGAAAUUCCUUGAGUUGCAAGGAAAAAUGAUCAGCCAUAAUGCUGGUCUUACAAAGCCUCACCCUUAUCAAUCGACCCCUAUCACCUGGCCAUUUAUGAUCCGUGGUGUAUCAUACUGGUCAAAAGAGGACACACGCUCUCAGAUCUACCUAACUGGCAAUUUGUUUGGAUGGUAUCUGUCUGUAGGCGGUAUUGCUGUAUUUGCAGGUAUUAUGGUCGCUGAUAUACUAGCACGCAGACGAGGAAUUGAACCCAUUGAUGAACCUGUUCGCCACCGAUUGAUCCAAUCUGCUGGUUUCUUUUUCACUGCAUGGGCACUUCAUUAUUUCCCAUUCUUUUUAAUGGGAAGAUCAUUGUUUUUGCAUCACUAUCUUCCAGCUGCUACUUUGAACUAUUUAUUAUUGGGUAGUAUGUACCAAUUCAUAUUCAUUGAUGGUAUCGAUUCACCUGUGUCAUUCAUCACAAGACUGUCUAACAAGACAAGGUUGACUAUCAUGAAAGCCGAAGUAUCUUGGAAAGUGUAUCCUGUCGUUUUCAUCACUUUAAUUUGUCAAAUUGCCAUGUUUAUCUAUUUAGCUCCCUUAACUUAUGGCACACCAAUGACAUUAGAAGAAGUGCAGAGCCAUCAGAUCUUGAGUGGUUGGAAGCUUCAAUACGCAAAAUAAUUGAACUUUCAAUAAAGAACAAGUUGAAUAUUUUAUCAUAAUAAAUCAAUUUAUAUCCAUAAUGUCUGUUCUUUGUGGUUUAGAAGGAUGAAAAGACCAUGGAACAUUUUUCACCCCAAAAUCAUGCCAACUUGCUCAGUUUUGUAUUUUUUUUUUUUUUUUAAAUAGAAUUAAAACAAUCAUCUGUACCAUGUGCGGAC